AUGGACGUUACUGAUAGACUGCUUACAUCACAAGAACGGCAGAGGCUGAAGGAGGAGCUGCUAGCAACGAAUGAUGAUUUCAUACGACAGAUCCCAAAGGUCGAAAUGCACAUCCACAUCGAUGGAAUGGUCACACCAGAGCUUCGAUGGAAACUAGCCCAAAGAAAUGGAUUAGAAGUGCGCAUGGGAAACGACAAGCCCGUCAUAAAAUCUCUCGAUGACUUGAAGAAAGCCUACGCAUCCGUCAUCUCAACUUCGAGGCGCCACCAAUAUCAACAUCUCGAUCCGUCUCUGAUUCCGCCUACGUUUUUCGAAGCUUACUACUCUAGCCAUGAUGUCCUCAGAACUCGACAAGACUUUUAUGACGUCGCGAUGGCGUAUUUUCAAGGUGCUUCGGAGAUGAAUGUGCGAUAUUGUGAAGUGUUUUUUGACCCGCAGGCACAUACGAGCCGUGGUGUUUCUUGGGAAGAUAUGAUGGGAGGACUUCGUGAUGCGCAAAAUGAAUCUGCAAGGACCCUAAAUGUCAAAGCUGCUUGGAUUAUGUGCUUCCUUCGCGAUCAAUCUCCAGAGUCCGCAAUGGAACACUACAAAGCAGCGCUUCCAUAUCGAGACAUGAUUAUCGGUAUUGGACUCGAUUCAAAUGAACAUAAACGGCCUCCUGUUCUAUUCAAAGAAGUCUUUCAACGGGCUAAGAAAGAUGGUUUCAGAAUCACAGCACAUUGCGACGUCGGUCAGCAAGACACGCAUCAGAAUAUUCAUCAGCUCAUCUCACCCUCCGAGGGAAUUCUCACACAUCGCAUCGACCACGGUCUAAACGCAGCAGACAAGCCAGAGCUUGUGGAACUUAUCACGAGCCAAGGCAUCGGCAUGACGAUCUGUCCCUGGGCUUAUCUGCGGCGCUUCAAUCUCGAGGAAACGGGCCGUCGUCUGCGGACGUUGAUUGAUGCAGGUGUCAAGAUUUGCAUUUCUAGCGAUGGCCCUCCUCUCAUGGAGGGCGCGUGGAUGAUGCAUAACAUACUGCUCACCAGACAGUUGUGUAGCUUGACCGAAGAGGAUAUUAUACGGAUGAUGAAAGAUGCGGUAGAGAUUUCUUGGGCAGACCAAGACGUGAAGAAGGAAAUCUUGGCAGAGCUUUGCGGGGAUUCAUAUAAAUCCAGGAAUUAA